UUGAAUGGGGAGUAGCCUACCCUGCUCUCGCUUUACAACAUAUGGAUGACUGCUUGCUUCUCAGUUGACUCAAGGCAAGCAUGAGAGAGAGAGAGGUGGACUUUGUUGCAUGCCUUUAAGAAAAAAAGAGACUUUUAAGGACACAUAGGACAUCCUAAAGCCUAAUUGGUGUGGAGCAAAUAAGGGUCAUUGAAGGGAAGGGCCUGAUGUGAUGGGUCACCGAGCUCAGACACCUCCUCUGAGCUGUAAUUAAGCACAUCGAGGGGAGAUUUUAGUGAGGUGUUGGACACGUCUGCGCACACUCUCCCUCUCACUUUUAGUCGCACAGCUUCUCUGGUAGACACUCAUAGAUCUACACAUUCAUACCUAGGCAGGGCCUCGGAGCAGAAUGAGGGAACCCUGGAGUUACCUACUGUGCUUGGGUCUCCUGGCAUACUCAGCCUCUUCACACAGCGCCAACAAUCCCUUCGCGGGGCAGCAGACUCCUGUGGACCCUUGCUAUGACGACGCAGGUGCAGCCCGCCGCUGCAUCCCAGAGUUCAUCAACGCCGCAUUUGGCAAAGAGGUGGCAGUGUCCAGCAUGUGUGGCCGCCCACCUUCCCGCUCCUGUAGCGUGGUAGAGCGUGGCGACGACAGGCCGUCCGUGCGCACGUGCCAGAUCUGUGACGCCGCCGACCCCCGCCGCUCCCAUCCAGCUUCCUACCUCACAGACCUCAACUCGGCUCACAACCUGACUUGCUGGCAAUCGGAGAACCUGAACACGUCGCCACACAACGUGACUCUGACUCUUUCGCUUGGUAAAAAGUUUGAGAUCACCUAUGUGAGCUUGCAGUUCUGCUCACCAAGACCUGAGUCGCUGGCUAUCUACAAGAGCAUGGACUAUGGCAAGACCUGGAUGCCCUACCAGUUCUACUCAUCACAGUGUCGACGUGUGUACAAUCGACCCAACAAAGCAACCAUUACAAAACAGAAUGAACAGGAGGCUCUGUGUACUGACGGCCACACUGACCUCUACCCCCUCUCUGGAGGACUCAUUGCUUUCAGCACCUUGGAUGGAAGACCGUCUGGCAAGGAAUUUGACAACAGCCCGGUCCUUCAGGACUGGGUGACCGUCACUGACAUCCGCGUGGUCUUCAGCCGGCCCCAGCCGUCGAGGGAGUUGGCGACCGGAAGCAACAGCGGAGGAGGAAGGGAUGAUGACCUCAUGGGCGUGACCACAACGCUGCAGACAUAUUUCUACGCAGUGGGCGACUUCCAGGUGGGCGGAAGGUGCAAGUGCAACGGCCACGCGUCACGCUGCCUGAAAGACAAAGAGGGCAAGCUGGUGUGCGACUGCAAGCACAACACAGAAGGACCUGAAUGCGACCGCUGUAAGCCCUUCCAUUAUGACCGGCCAUGGCAGAGGGCCAGCGCCCGCGAGGCCAACGAGUGUCUGCCGUGUAACUGCAACCUGCACGCACGCCGCUGUCGCUUCAACAUGGAGCUGUACAAGCUGUCAGGGAGGAAGAGCGGGGGCGUGUGUAUGAACUGUCGCCACAACACCGCGGGACGCCACUGCCACUAUUGCAAGGAGGGCUUCUACCGCGACAUGGCCCGACCCAUUACUCACCGCAGGGCUUGCAAGGCUUGUGACUGCCACCCUGUGGGAGCAGCGGGUAAAACCUGCAACCAGACCACAGGGCAGUGCCCCUGCAAGGACGGAGUCACCGGCAUCACCUGCAACCGCUGCGCCAAGGGCUACCAGCAAAGCCGCUCCCCCGUGGCCCCCUGCAUCAAGAUACCCGUGGUCAACCCCACAGCUGUGGUGAGCAGCACCGAAGAACCAGCAGACUGUGAUUCCUACUGCAAACCGGUGAAGGGCAACCUGAAGAUCAACAUGAAGAAGUACUGCAAAAAGGAUUAUGCGGUCCAAGUGAACGUGCUGGACAUGGAGACGGUUGGCGACUGGGCCAAGUUUUCGGUCAACAUCUUGUCGGUGUACAAGAGCCGUAGCGAGCCCCUGAAGCGUGGAGACAACAUCUUGUGGGUGCAUAUGAAGGACCUGGCCUGCAAGUGUCCCAAGAUCCAGAUGAGCAAGCGCUUCCUGGUCAUGGGCAGCAGCGACGGCCCAGGGACGGGCACAGGAGCAGGGCCCGGGGUGGGGCCCGGUGGGGGGACCUCCAACCCCGGGGCAGAACGCGUGGGUCUGCUGGCCGAUAAGAACAGCCUGGUGAUCCAGUGGAGGGACGUUUGGACGAGACGACUGAGGAAGUUCCAGCGCAAGGAGAAGAAGGGGAAGUGCGGCAAAGCAUGAUGGGACCCCGGAUCCCGUCAUCCUUUGUUUUCCCUUCCAUCACGGGAACGCUGCACAUUACCAAGACUGCAUGUACCUACCCGUUUUAAGGACCACAUUUUGUGUAUAUUGUAUAAUUAUUUUCCUUUGUAUUUGUUUUUUGUUAUGUCACAUGUCUUUGUUGUCCUAUUGGUUUGCCUUGAAAAGGGACCAUUAAAAAGGGUAUGAAGUGGAGACAUAAGCAGACACCGUUCCAAACCUUGCCUUUGGAACUAGCAGCUCCAUUUGCAACCCACCCAGUUCUUCACAAACAUCACUGAGGAUCCAUUUGUCAGUUUUUUGAGAACCACUUGAGAACUGUUUAUUUGCUGCUCAUUUUUUUUCUUACCAAGGAUGAGCAGGAACCUCUUUGGGUCAAGAUCAUUUCACGAUACUGGGGAUUUUCCACAACAAACGCUGCUGCUGCCUCCAGACUGGACUCAUGCAAGCUCCAUGCUCAUCUUUUUUUUCCAGCAUUAUCUCCUCCCACCAUGAUCUUGUCUUACUGGAGAUGGAUGAGUUUAUUUCUCUCGAACACGCUUAGCAAGUUACACACUUCAACACGUCCGAAAACGAGUAGGAAGAAGCCGAGCGUAUUCAAUCCGACUCCUUCUUAAUGCCUCAGCAAUUACUUAUAGUUUGAUCACUUCCUGUGUUACCAUUUUUUACCAAGUUGGCACUCGUCAAUCACAUUUCAGUUCCUUGGGGGUUGCAUCUCUCUCUUCCUGGAUUUAGAGUUUUACAAGCGUUGCUUUUGCAGGAAGAUGGACAAAUGGUUUGUAUUUCAGAAAGAUCCCAUCAUUUCUGAUGAUUUGUGAUGUCAUGUAGUAGGCACAAUUAAACAACCUGACUAUUUAGACUGAACGGCUGGAAAGUUUUUAGCCAGUGUACUGUAUUAUGACAUGCGAGUAUCACAUUUCAUCCCUCGCGUGCUUCAUGUUUGCAUGCUUGUGGUUUGCGCGAGCAUCAAGAGUUAUCUCCCCUGUCAUCCUCUGCCAAAUGAGCAUAGUCAGGGUUUUAAAUUUGAUUAAGAGAACUCUGAAAGUCAAAUCCGAGAAAAGGCUCUCAAGAUAAACACAGAUCGGAGGGGCACGUCCAGCUAGCGAGCGUGCUGACAGCCGUGUCAUGUGCAUUAGCAGUUGUUUGGCUGCGGCCAAGGCUGCAUGUUUGGUUUGUCCUUCAUCCAAAAGUGUCUUUCCAAUGCUGUGUGUAUCAGCCAAGAGCCCCCCACCCUCUCAUGUUGUAUAUGAAGUGUCUCAGAUAGGUGACAGGUCCAUGUUGCCAAAUCUGCUCUGUGGUGUGCUGUUGUGCACUGUAAGUUCGCCACGAAUGUAUGUCUAACUGUGAAGGACUCACUCAAAUAUAUUGAUUGUGUGCGUUAGCCCCACGAAUGUCCAUUUACCGCAACUAUAGCAUCUUUUGUCCAAAAUAACUAAUGCGCUGACAUCUAUUACUGUGGAACCUCCAAAGUCAAACGGUUCCAUUGGCCACGUUGUUCUCAUUCCAAAACAACUUUCCCCCAUAGGAAAUCUUGUGAAGUGAAUUAAUCAGUUCCAGGCGCAAACGUCAUGUUUUAAGUAACAUUCUAAUAGGAGUUAAUGACUGUUUAAUGAAACAACUACAUAAAACAAAAGUACAGUAAAAGUACUCACAUAUAUAUAUAUAUUUAUCAGCGCCGAUAUAUAUAUAUAUACAGUAUAUACUGUAUAUACACCUGGGGGUGGCGCAGUGAACUGUCAGGGGAUGCGCGAGAGGUGUGUUGCAUUUCCCUGGUUUCAGUAUACAUGUUUAUAUAUAGAGAGAGAGAGAGAAAGAGAGAGAGUGAGAGAGGGUGAGAUAGUUUUUUUGCACGAUAAAGCUGCCAAACAGGACAAGUAAAUAAAAAAAAGGAAAAUAGUCAUGUUUUCAAUAUCAGGUGAUAGAUAGAAAAAGGCUACUUAAGAUAUAGAACCCCUCUGCUGUUUGCUAACAACCUUUUUUUCCAGUGAGUCUCUGUGUUGUGGCUGUAUCUCUCCAUGUCACUGGCGUGUGUGAGUGACGGGAAAGAAAAGCUCUGACUUGCUAGAGGGUACAUAAGGUGACCCAUCUUUCAGGAAAUACACCGUCUUAUGUUUUGGCCAAUUUGGUUAAUUUAUAUUUUUUAUCAUCACGCUUUUCUUCUUUCUUUAGCAUCAUUUUCCCCCUUCUGCGGUGGCCAAAGAAAAAGCAAAAAACACUUGAGUUAACCCUCUUGUCACAAAAUGUGCUAACUCCACGCAUGACGACGCAUUAAAUGUAAAAGUUUUGUCCGACAUUUUUUUCCAGAAAAUCUUGGUUGAACUCUACAUUGUACUUUUGGAGGUUCCACUGUUAUGCAGUAAAAGUUAAUUGUUCACCUCGCUGUGUGUCACAUGGUCCCACUGUGAUAUGCAGUGCUAGUUUAGUUAUCCUCCCUGUAUCUGGACCUCAUUUCACACAAUAUCACCCUGCCAUAUUUGCUUUCUAUUGGCGCUCUCUCAAGUGCCCACCCUGAAUGUUGAAGCGAUGAUAACUGAGA